CAGCGCUACACGCUAUAACACCCCAAGCCUGCCUCAGAAAGUGAGAUUCACUUACAUAUCAUCACAGUACUUUGGAUUUCGUCUCAUAUUUGACUCCGUAGUGCUCAUGUUUUGGAGGGCCUUACUACGCAUCUAGAGUGAAGGUAUUAAUACCCAAACAAACAAUGGCACUGCCGACAUCCCAUUCUAUCCACCCUUUCAAACUCUCCAUCGCUGAGUCCACCCUCGAUGACUUACAAACGCGUCUCCGCUUGACACGCUGGCCAGACAAAGAGACAGUCAACGAUUGGUCUCAAGGUGUCCCACUCGCAGCCAUUCAGGAGCUUUGCGAGUACUGGCAGAAAGAAUACGAUUGGCGACGAUGCGAAGCGCUGCUUAAUUCAUAUCCCCAAUUCACGACGACUAUCGAUGGAGUGGAAUUUUACUUCUUGCAUAUCAGGUCAAAGCACGAAAAUGCUCUGCCUCUCCUGCUUACACACGGUUGGCCUGGCUCAGUCCUGGAAUUCAGACACGUGAUCGAUAAGUUCGUCGACCCCGAAUCUCACAGCGGUUCUCCUGAGAGCGCCUUUCACCUUGUCAUCCCGGCACUUCCAGGCUACGCGUUUUCCGGCAAGCCUACCGAGACUGGAUGGGAUUACCACCGUACCGCGCGUGCUUGGGCAGAGCUUAUGCAGCGUUUGGGCUAUGCAGACAGCGGCUGGGUCGCUCAAGGCGGCGAUUGGGGAGCCCAUGUGGCCGUAAAUUUGGGCCGUCAAGCACCGAAAGGACUGAAGAGCGUUCAUCUCAAUUCCAUCUUCUUCGACCCCAAGGUAAAUUUCUUCUCAAUACGCGAUAAAAAGGGCGAGGAACGAGCCAUGUAUCUGGACAGCCUUCGCGAUGCUGGACACCGCGGGUACUCCCUACAGCAGUCAACAAGACCGCAAACUAUCGGCUACGGGCUUGCAGACUCACCGGCUGCACAGGCGGCGUGGAUUUAUGAGAAGUUCAGAGACUGGUCUCAUCACGAUGGCAACGUGGAGACGGUCUUUAGCAAAGACGAAAUGCUCGACACGAUCAUGCUGUACUGGCUAUCAAAUUCCGGCACGUCAUCUGCUCGUUACUAUUGGGAGUGCAAGCCCGACUCAACCGCAUGGCCGAUAGACAUACCGGUUGGUGUGAGUUGGUUUGGCGGCGAUAAUUCUUAUGGGCCAAAGGAAUGGUGCGAACGAUACUACAAGAAUAUUGUAUAUUGGAACGAGACGGAUAGAGGCGGCCAUUUUGCGGCAUGGGAGGUACCAGAUAUGUUUGUUUCCGAGGUCCGCAAGUGGGGAAGCAAAAUUCGGUGA